UGAAUCCCCACUUAACCACCGUUCCCCCGCUUUCCGACAGCAGUCAGAUUUUUAGAGGGCAGACCCGGAAAGGCCGAGCCUUUGCAGCGCCACUCCGGAACGUUCCGUUAUCGGGUGCUCGCCACGAUCGCCUCAGGCUUGUCGAGAAUGGAUGAACGGCAUGACAUGACUGAUCUCGGAUCUGCCUCUUAGCCACCUCGCUUUCUUUGCUUUUUCUCUCCCCCUUUGUUCCUCUUUCUCAUCCUCAACUCCUCAACACUCCUUCACUCUACUUAACCGCCGCCCUCUGCCUGCAGCGACCGGCCCCAUCCUGCUCUCCUCAUUGCCACCGUCACCAUGGCUGAGCGUAUUCUGAUGAACGAGUUCAAGGCUCUCUCGCAGGAGCCGUGGGUGAACCUCGAGCUGAAGAACGACGACAUCUUCAACUGGACCAUCGGCCUCAUCGUGCUGAACCCAGACUCCUUAUUCUACGGCGGCUAUUUCAAAGCCGCCAUGAAGUUCCCUUCAAAUUACCCAUACUCGCCGCCAGAAUUCCGCUUCCUCCGCCCCCUCUACCACCCAAACAUCUACACCGACGGCAAACUCUGCAUCUCAAUCCUACACUCGCCCGGCGACGACGAAAUGUCCGGCGAACUCGCAUCGGAGCGCUGGUCCCCCGCGCAGCGCGUCGAAUCCGUCCUCAUCUCAAUCCUCUCCCUCCUCGACGACGCCGAGGUCUCGUCCCCCGCAAACGUCGACGCGGGCGUUCUCCUCCGCAAGGAACCCGAGCAGUAUAAAGAGAAAGUGCGCAAAUGCGUCGAGGACUCCAAGGCCGAUAUCCCCGAGGGGUUUGAGAUGCCGACGCACGAGAGCACGACCAAGGGCGCGCCAAACAAGGCGGUUCUGCACGACGACUCGGACUUUUGGGCGGAGAGCGAUGCGGACGAUGAUAUGUUUAAUGGGAGUGGGAGCGAUCAGGAGGAGAUUGACUCUGAUGCGUUUGAGCAGGGCGAUGAGUCGGCGAGUGAUGAUGAGUGAGUGGGCGAGCAGUCAGUGGUGUGCCUAGCCUGUUUUGAUUUCUCGGGUGACGGGUUCAUCUUUCAAGAAUGGGCCGGACGGGGGGGGGGGGGGGGUUCUCUUCUCAAUACAAUUCGGCAGUGGCAUAGCGAGGCGCAUUCCGGCAUGUUUUUUACGGUUUAUAUUAUGAUAUCCAGCAUUCGCGUUAGGAGGAUUGCGUUGAUAAAUCAGAAUUUCUCCUUUAUAUUCACUUUCAGUCGUAGCUAUACCAAGAAUUAACCCAGUAGAGUCGGGAUAAACCCAACUUCCCAUUAAAUGAUCGCGUGAUAACCUUGGCAGCCUCUGCAUAACUGAGUCCGUUUAUUGUAC